AUGGACAAGGAUAUCGAAAAGCAGGAGCUGGCCAAUCUCCAGCCGGAGAGGUCAACUAUGAGCGAUAAGGAGAUCGUAGAUCCUCCCCCCAGGUCUUCGACUUCGUCCGAUACUAGAAACCCGGAGAACGAUUUAGAGGAGGUGCACAGGAAUAAUCCCAAUGGCUUGUCGAGAGUUCAUACUGGCGUCUCCGUGGAGCAGGCCGUGGCCGAUUUUGCGGAGCUGCAGAGGGAAUUGUCGGGCAUGUCUAGGGCGAGCCGUGUGAGCAGCAGAAGAAAAGAGACGCACGCCGACGAAGAAAAAGGCAACGGUGCCGUUACCGAAUCGCCCUCGGAAGACGAGCAAUUCGAUCUAGAGACAGCACUGCGUGGUGGUUUGGCUGCCGAGCAGGAGGCCGGUAUUCGACCGAAGCAUAUUGGUGUUUAUUGGAACGAUUUCACGGUGAAGGGCAUGGGAGGGUUCACGAACUACGUCAAAACAUUCCCCGAUGCAUUCAAAGACUUUUUCGACGUGGUCACACCGGUGAUGGGGCUCCUUGGACUGGGCAAGAAGGGUGUUGAGGCAACGCUACUGGACAACUUCCGUGGAGUGUGCAAGCCUGGUGAGAUGAUUCUGGUUCUUGGACGACCUGGAUCGGGCUGCACGACCUUCCUAAAGUCGAUUGCGAACCAACGAUAUGGCUACACAGGCGUGACGGGCGAGGUUCUCUAUGGCCCAUUUACAGCUCAAGAGUUCGACCAAUAUCGAGGCGAAGCCGUUUACAAUGCCGAGGACGAUCUCCAUCACGCCACUCUAACCGUUGAACAAACGCUCGCAUUCGCGCUGGAUACCAAGACACCCAAGAAACUUCCUGCCGGACUUUCGAAGUCUCAGUUUAAGGAGGGCGUUAUCACCACAUUGCUCAAGAUGUUCAAUAUCGAACACACACGUAAUACCGUUGUGGGUGGUCCCUUCGUCCGGGGUGUUUCUGGAGGAGAACGAAAGCGAGUUUCGAUUGCAGAGAUGCUUAUCACCAACGCGUGCAUUCUAUCGUGGGAUAAUUCGACGCGGGGUCUCGACGCUUCUACUGCCCUGGACUUUGUGAAGUCUCUCCGUGUUCAGACCGACCUUUACAAGACCAGCACCUUCGUUUCUCUCUAUCAAGCCUCUGAGAACAUCUACAAACAGUUCGAUAAAGUGCUGGUGAUCGACUCUGGCAAACAGGUUUUCUUUGGUCCUACAGCUGAGGCGCGAGGAUAUUUCGAAGGUCUGGGCUUUGCCCCUCGUCCCCGUCAGACAACUCCAGAUUAUGUGACGGGCUGUACUGAUGAAUUCGAGCGCGAGUACGCCCAGGGCUACUCACCCGAGAACGCUCCUCACGAUGCGGAGACACUUGGUGAGGCGUUCAAGAAAUCUCGCUUCUCAACACAACUGUCGGAAGAGAUGACUUCGUACAAGGCAAGCCUGACGCAAGAAACCUCCAAACAUGAGGAUUUCAAGGUUGCUGUCAAGGAAGCCAAACGCUCUGGUGCAAAGCGCUCCGUCUAUGCGGUUGGCUUCCCUCGCCAAGUCUGGGCCUUGAUGAAGAGACAAUUCGUGCUGAAAAUGCAAGACCGUCUCGCUCUCUUCCUCUCUUGGCUCCGAAGUAUCGUUAUUGCUAUCGUCCUUGGAACUCUCUACCUGGAUCUCGGUAAAACGUCUGCCAGUGCGUUCAGUAAAGGUGGUCUUCUUUUCAUCUCUCUCCUUUUCAAUGCCUUCCAAGCCUUUUCCGAGCUGGCAUCAACGAUGACAGGUCGUUCCAUUGUCAAUAAACACAAAGCAUAUGCUUUCCACAGACCCUCAGCUCUUUGGAUUGCACAGAUCAUCGUUGAUCAAGCUUUCGCUGCAUCUCAAAUCCUUCUCUUCUCUAUUAUCGUCUACUUCAUGACGAAUCUGGAGAGAAGUGCUGGAGCCUUCUUCACCUUUUACCUUAUGAUUUUGUCCGGUAACGUCGCCAUGACUCUAUUCUUCCGAAUUAUUGGCUGCGUUAGUCCGGAUUUCGAUUACGCUGUCAAGUUCGCGGUCGUCACUAUUACAUUCUUCAUCACCACAUCAGGUUAUCUGAUCCAGUACCAAUCUGAGCAGGUCUGGCUGCGCUGGAUCUACUGGAUCAAUGUUCUGGGUUUAGCCUUCAGUUCCAUGAUGGAGAAUGAGUUCAGUAGGAUUGACAUGACUUGCACGUCUGAUUCUCUCAUCCCAUCUGGCGAUGGAUAUGAUGACAUCAACCACCAAGUGUGUACUCUUGCUGGAUCAAAGCCAGGCACGCUUCAGAUCUCUGGGUCAGAUUAUAUCACCCAGGGUUUCUCGUAUAGUCCUAGUGAUCUCUGGAGAAACUGGGGUAUCAUCAUGGCUCUCAUUGUCUUCUUCCUGUUCCUGAAUGUUGCCUUUGGCGAGAUCAUCAAGUUUGGCAUGGGCGGCAACACGUUCAAGAUCUUCCAGAAGCCGAAUGCGGAACGCAAAGCUUUGAAUGAAGCACUCCAGCGCAAGCGCGAGGAGAAGCGCUCGUCCAAGCAGGAAGACGAGACCUCAGAGAUGAAGAUUGAAUCGGAAAGCAUCCUGACAUGGGAAGGUCUCAAUUACGAUGUCCCUACACCGGCUGGCACUCGACGUCUCCUAAACAACGUCUUCGGCUAUGUCAAGCCUGGUCAACUCACAGCCCUAAUGGGGGCAUCCGGAGCUGGUAAGACCACGCUUUUGGACGUUCUUGCUGGCCGUAAGAAUAUUGGUGUCAUCUCCGGUGACGUUCUUGUCGAUGGCAUUAAGCCUGGUAAGGAGUUUCAACGCAGCACAUCUUAUGCCGAGCAACUGGAUGUGCACGAUCCCUCUCAAACUGUCCGUGAGGCUCUCCGCUUCUCUGCCGAUCUGAGACAGCCCAUGGAGACUCCUCAAGAGGAGAAGUACAAGUAUGUCGAAGAGGUUAUUGCUCUGUUGGAGAUGGAGCACAUCGCAGAUGCCAUUAUUGGCUUCCCCGAGGCGGGUCUCACUGUUGAACAGCGGAAGCGUGUAACUAUUGGUGUUGAGCUUGCUGCCAAGCCUCAGCUCCUGCUCUUCUUGGAUGAGCCAACUUCUGGCCUUGACAGCCAAAGUGCCUAUAAUAUCGUUCGUUUUCUGCAAAAGCUCGCCAGAGCUGGCCAAGCCAUUCUCUGCACCAUUCAUCAACCCAACGCUGCCUUGUUCGAGAACUUUGACCGCCUGCUACUUCUCAAAUCCGGCGGUAGAUGUGUGUACUUCGGAGACAUCGGAAAGGAUGCAAGCGUGCUUCGAGAGUAUCUUCGCAGACACGGAGCUGUUGCAGGAGAGACCGACAACGUCGCCGAAUUCAUGCUCGAGGCAAUCGGAGCUGGCAGUUCCCCGCGCAUUGGCAACAAGGACUGGGCUGAUAUCUGGGCUGACAGCUCUGAGCUUGCCAAUGUCAAGGAUACUAUUUCUCAGAUGAAGGAGUCCCGCAAAGCCGCUGGCGAGCAGGUCAAUCUUGAUCUCCAGAAAGAGUAUGCCUCCCCGUUGCUCCACCAGAUCAAGGUCGUUCUUCACCGCACCAACCUUUCUUUCUGGCGCUCGCCGAACUACCUCUUCACUCGUCUGUUCAAUCACAUCGCCAUCGCCUUGCUCACCGGAUUUACCUUCUUGAACCUUGAUGACUCCCGUUCUUCGCUGCAGUACAAGGUGUUCGUGACCUUCCAAGUCACCGUUCUGCCUGCAUUGAUCAUCAGUCAAGUCGAGGUCAUGUAUCACAUCAAGCGAUCUAUCUUCUUCCGCGAGCAGUCGAGCAAGAUGUACAGCCCUUUCACCUUCGCUACCUCUAUGGUUAUCUCUGAGAUGCCUUAUUCGAUCAUGUGCGCUGUUGCUUUCUUCCUGCCGGUCUACUACGUGCCUGGGCUUCAGAAAGAAAGCAGCCGUGCCGGCUACCAAUUCUUCAUGGUGCUCAUCACUGAGCUGUUCUCCGUUACUCUUGGCCAGGUUCUGGCUGCCAUCACUCCAUCUGCCUUCAUCUCUUCCCAGCUUGACCCUUUCGUCAUCAUAACCUUCGCUCUCUUCUGCGGUGUCACUAUCCCCGCACCGCAGAUGCCCGGUUUCUGGCGCGCAUGGCUGUAUCAGCUCGACCCCUUUACGCGUCUCAUCGGCGGCAUGGUGACGACAGCACUGCACAAGCUCGCUGUCGUUUGCAAGCCGGCCGAGCUGAACUCUUUCACUGCACCAUCUGGCCAGACCUGCGGCGAGUAUAUGGAGAACUUCUUCGCCCGCGGCGGCCCCGGUUACAUCGUUGAUAACACCACGAGCGACUGCCAGUACUGCGCUUACAGCGUGGGAGAUGAGUUCUACGAGCCGCUCGGCUUGACUUUCGACAACAGGUGGCGUGACUUGGGCAUCUUCCUUUCCUUUGUCGGCAGCAACAUCAUCAUUCUGUUCUUAGCAAGCCGAUUCUUGAACUUCAACAAGCGAUAA